CAAAGAGGAGGGUGGAGACGGCCUGAUGGUGAAGCUAUCCAAGUUGAAUGGACUGAAGAAGAUUGAAGAUGAAGCGGAAAGAAGAGAGAUGAUUACACCUGCCCUUAGAGAAGCACUAACAAAACAAGGGUACAAACUCAUCGGAAGUCAUUCAGGAGUGAAGCUUUGUCGAUGGACCAAGUCUAUGUUGCGAGGGAGAGGAGGCUGUUACAAGCACACUUUCUAUGGGAUCGAGUCCCACCGCUGCAUGGAAACUACCCCCAGCCUCGCCUGCGCUAACAAGUGUGUCUUCUGCUGGAGGUAUGUACCUGGAGAGAAGAGCUACUGCAGACUCUCAGGGGGCAGUUUGACAGAGAUGGCUUGGAUCAUACUAAUAGUCAGACUUCAGAUACAAGUCUGAAUUCAUCUUUUGCAGCUAACAUUUAGCUAGCUAACUAGAUUACUUUUUCUCUAACUCCAACUCAUUAGCUUAACCUCACUUUGCAAUUUAGUUAUUCUAUAAAGUAUUAUCUCUCAUAAUAAUCAUCCUUAUUGACCGGUAAAAGGC